AUGUUUGCCUCUUCAGCUAUUCAACUUUCUGCCCUCGUUGCCACAGCCAACGCUUUCUUGUACACCUAUGCUACCGGUGACUUGACAGUAACAGUCUCCUCUGUGACCUAUGUCAGUACUGUCAUUGACGGUAACACUUAUGACUUAUCCUUCUUGGCCCCAACCGUCACCAACACCGUCCAUUCUGCCGCCACCGACUCCAUGAAUGAAGUCUUCGACAUUUCUGCAUCUGGUAUUCAAUACAACGAUGAAACCCAAACCGGUAACCUUCCAACCGAUACUGCUACCACCUUUGUCACUUACGGUAGUAACUCCACCGACAGCACUACCUCAUCUACUGCCAGUCAAGUCACUUCCACCAUCACAACAUACCCUGCUGACAACAGCACCACUUCCUUGACUUCAACUUCCGAAAGUUUGAACACUACUUCCACUAAUGCUACUGCCUCAGGUAUGGCUCCUUCCUUGUCCUCUGGUUUCGCAUUGGGCGGUGGUUUGGUCAUGGCUGCCAUUUGCUUGCUUUAA